ACGGUCAGGUGUCACUCUUCGGCAGCGUGAUCGCCGUAGUAGCAGCGGCAGUGACUGCUUGCUGCGCCGGCGGCCUUGGUGACCUACAACUCUUCGGCGUCCGCGGUCGGACUUCCUGGAAGGGCCUGAACAGAGCCGCGGAACGGCAGCGGCUGCGGCGGCUCCGUCUUGUCUCCCCGUGGCUUCCUUCGACCUCUCAUUUCUUCGUGGCCAUGGAUAAGAAAGGGGGACAUCCUUUGCCUCUUUCGUAGACAGUUCCAUGUGAGGAUGUGCCGGUCCACCAGGAACGUUCUUACUGGCGUGCAUCUCAGCGGUCCGCGGAUUCGAAGGGGUCGUUUCGCCGUCGACGUUGAAGAAACAGUCCAGCGCAAUCGAUUACGAGGUGUGCGGUAGCAGUACGCCUUCUUCAAUAUGUCCGGGUCGUCCGAAGACGAGAAGCGGCUGCCCCAUCACCACAAGGCCGCCGUGCAGUUCUCGUCGGGCGCCGUUGCGGGCUUCAUCGAGGUGUGCGUGAACCACCCUCUGGAUGUGGUCAAGACGCGACUGCAGAUGCAGUCGGCCGAUGACCCGAACCGGUACAAGUCGAUCGCCGACUGUUUCCGGCGUAUGGCCAGGUCCGAGGGCGUGCUGUCCGUCUACAAAGGCAUCUUGCCCGUGCUCGUGGUCGAGACUCCAAAGAUGGCGCUGCGGUUCGUCGUCUACGAGCAGACCAAGCGCGUCGUCUCGCCCCACUUGUCGCUUGUGCCGAGCAACCUAAUCGCAGGUUUCCUGGCGGGUGCCAUAGAGGGAAUCGCCGUUAAUCCUUUCGAGGUUGUGAAGGUCCGGUUGCAGACUGAUCGAACUCUAGUGGCGGCGCAGCCCAGCGCCUAUGCGGUGGCGCGUCAAAUCUACCGCAAGAACGGCUUCGGCCGGGAGGGGCUCAGCUUGGGCCUCACUGCGAACCUUUUCCGGCACGGCAUCUUCGUUAUGUUUUACUUCACCUUCUACGCCAAACUCAAGGAAGCCGCGCCAGAGUUUAAGAACCGGCAUCAGCACAACCUCUACAAGGUUGGCGCCGGCCUGAUCAGCGGUUGCGUCAGCACCUUGUUGAACAUUCCCUGGGACGUGGUGAAGAGCCGCAUUCAAGGACUGCAGCCCGUGCCUGGUGAGCCGAAGUACAAGACGUGCUGGCAGAGCUUCAAGGUCGUCUACCGCGAGGAAGGCUUCUUAGCCUUGUACAAGGGCCUGGCGCCGAAGAUGUUGCGCCUCGGCACGGGACAUGCGCUCAUCAUUGUCCUCUACGAGCACAUCGUUGAAGUACUCGAAGCCAUGAUGUCCAAACUGUGAAUGCCCCGACCAACGGAGGAC